CAACGCAACAACGCAAAGGAUACAAUAACCAACUAUUAUGAUGUCGUCGCAAAAGAAGUCUCCACGUGCUAAAGCCGAAGCGGGAGCGGGAGCCGAUGAUUUAAGCUUUAGUUCCGAGCCAGAAUUUCUUAAAGAAAACAACGAACUCGAGCACUUUGAGAACUACAACGAUCAAUUCGAACAUCUUGAGACCCGCAACGACCAAUUCGAGCAUCAUACAAAUAAGAUUUGAUUUGCGAUCCGUCUACUACUACAACUAUUAACUUCUAGUCUUAGCUCGUCCUCCAAACAAUCUAUCUACCAACUUCGCUUUCGAGAGUAUUAAAAACGAAAUGCGCGCUGACGAGAUAUUCAAGAAGCUCGAAGCAGAGCAAGAGCGAGGAUACAAUAAUCGAGAGCAAGCACGCAAUGAUCAACAACAAGCACGCAAAGAUCGAAAGCAAGCACGCGAAGAUCGAAAGCAAGCACGCAAAGAGCGAGAGCAUCUCCACGAAAUGAUCAAGGCUCUCUAAAAAGAAAACAAGGCUGUCCAUAAAAAGAUCAAGGCUCUCCAAAAAAAAAACAAGGCUCUUAAAAAAAAGAUUAAGCAAAGACGAUAGCAAAAGCGACGCCAAUUCUUCUUCGUUACGCUAGGCUUUGUUUUUUUCUUGGGCUUUGAUCUUCUCCCGGGCUUUGUUCUUGUCAAGUCCGUCACUUCGUCCCUCGAUCGUCCCUCAAUCGUCCCUCGACACAACACUGCCGGUCUUUUCGAUGGCAGUAUCAAAGAUCAUAUCGGGUGGUAACAAGGUGGUAAUAAGGCAAGGCAAAAGCAUGGUCUGGCGUUUGGAAUUUUGAGUAUCGAUGGCAUUAGUGGGCUAGCUAGGUGAAUGGAUAGAUGGAUGCGGCAUAUGCAAUCAGUCG